GGAAUGUCGCCUGGAUGCACUUGCUGGCUGCCCGGGCCCUUCAGGAGAAACCGGGCACGUUGGGCGGCCAGGUCUAUUUCUGCUACGACGACUCUCCCUACCUCAGCUACGAGGAUUUUGACCUGGUGUUCCUUGGGCCCGCCGGCUUCCGGAUGUUAGGCCGCAGGCCUCUGCUGCCUUACUUCGUCUUGUACCUCUUGGCCCUCUCGUCCGAGCUCUUGCAGUGGCUCCUGCAGCCCCUGGGGUUCUUCUACCCAUCUCUGAACCGCUGCACCCUCCAGAAAGUCACCACGGCCUUCACCGUGCAGACCGACAAGGCGGCAAGGCAUUUCGGCUACAGGCCCCUGGUCCCCUGGGCCGAGAGCAGCGCUCGGACCACAGGCUGGGUCCGGGAGCUGGACGAGGCCUGCUCCAAAAACAAAUAGCCAACACUGCGCCCCUCCCUCC